AUGACAGGAAAAAAGGAAUUAUUCAUGCUGAUCACAGGCCUCGUGUUGUUAAUAUUUGACCUGGUCACAGACAUCGUUGUAGCUGUACGGUAUGGGCUUAAAGGCGAUUAUUGGUGGUUUGGUUUGACGUUAUUUUUUAUUAUCGUUCCUCUUUUCAUCGUCAGUAUUGUGGCUUUCUUUCAAGCGGAUGACGGUUUUUGUGGACUAAGCUGUUGUCUAUUGUUUGUAUGUUCGUCCAUAUUUGUGCGUUAUGUCGAAGAGUUCAAAUAUUGGAAGCAAAGAUAUCGGGAUAAUUCCCCUUGUGGAAAGUCUGGAGGCAACUGUAUGGAAUGCAAUUGUCUAGAUUGCAGACUGUACCGCGUGGCGAUACCGGAGUCUAACGACUCAGCAUACAAGCUCGCGUGGUUACGUUAUCUAGAGACACUUACAGAGUCUACUCCACAAUGGUGUCUACAGAUUUACAUCAUGUUACAUCAGUGGGAUUUUCCAUGGUUAACCGUGCUUUCAGCUGUGAUUUCCCUGCUUUCUUUAGCAUGGAGUAUUACCGCUCUUGAGAAAGCGAGAGCAGAUAAAGAUAGCCAAAAUUUCACACUGGCAGCCACGGUUGUAUUCUUCACUUCUCAAUUGUUUAGUUUGUUAUCAAGACUUUUUGCAAUUUCAGCAUUCGCAUACGUCUUUAAGGAACAUGUGUUCACAGCACUGGCGGUUCAUUGGCUGAUGGUGCAUGUUGUCUCAUGGUUUAUAGACUUUAG